UGAUCAGAGCUACAACUAAUUCUCAGAAAAAUGAAAAUCAAGUACUUGUUCAAUCCCACCAUUUUACUUCUCAAAACACCCUCCAUGGAGCUCUCAACAAUCCCAUCCGAGCCAUUAUCCUCUUUUUCUGUCCCGUCGAAACAAUAUGUAGGGGCUUGCCAGUGUUCAUCCUCUAAAACUGCUCCCACUUCAAAUGUCAUCACAUGGGUUGUCCUUCCUGCAUGCACUAACGUUGGACAAAUAUUAGACCAAAAUAAUAAUGAAAAUUACCUGUGUAGAAAACCCAGUGAACAGGUCUUUUAGUGACAACAUCUUCAUAAUACGUGAUGAAAUCAGUUUUCUCCCAGAUAUUACAAAGAAACCCAUCAAAUUUUCGUUGCCUCAAAUAAUUAGCACCGUCGAGCCAAUUUGGUGUAAGAAUACCAACUUCCAACUGGGCACUUGAACAUUUUUUAUCACUUGUCCAGAAAAAUGAAGUCCCAUUAUUCCAUUCACAAUCAUAUAUAAUCUCACCAAGUUGCUUUUGUCUGAUUUGGACGUUUCUUCCAUUAGGCCAAUCAUACCAGAGAUUUAUGAUUUGAUUUGAUCCACUGAAAUUCAUAACUAGGACAUGGUGUUGGUGUUGGGUCAUUGGAUUGGAUGGUUCUGGAUGAGGAGACAGAGACAGAGACAAAGAGCAAGGAGAAGAGCAUGAAGGAGUAAAGUGAAUAACUGGUGGAAGAAGAGACCAUUUUCGAUUUUCUGAAAGUGAAUUUUGAUUUCCAGAUAAUUAGUGUGGAAGAAGAUGAAGGGUAGUUGAAGAGAUUGAUGGUGAUGGGUUCUUCUUCUUCUUCUUCCCCACAGUUGCAGUCGAAGAUAAAAGUUUGCCUAAUAAUGUCUUGGCAUGACAGAUUGCCCAUGGGCAUAGAUGGACCACUUCUUUCUGAAAUAUCCGCUUUACAAAGAAAAACUACAGUGUCUACCGUACAGACUAGUGUAGAAACUAGAAAGGUUGUCACUUUCCAUUUGGAUAAAAUCUCCACCAUCCCACCAGAUUUUAUUUUCCUCAUCUCAACAACCAUUAAAGCAUUCCUUAUCUUUCUACUCUAGACCAACGAUAAUGGCUGCUUCUUUUGGUUCUGCAACAAAUCUCACCUCCAUAUCAAUCUUCUUCUUGGCAAUACUUAUAUUAUUUCUCACAAAUUUCUCCUUUUCUCAAUCAACAUACCCAACUCCAACACCAUGGCCUCCUCAAUUCCACUCCAUUAUGAUAUAUAACACCAGUGGUACAAAUCAAAUUUUUGAUCUCUGGUAUGAUUAUCCCAAUGGAAGAAACUUCAACAUCAUUCAAAAUCAAUUGGGUGAGCUGCUGUAUGACUUAGAAUGGAACAAUGGCACUAAAUUUGUUUACACUCUUGAUGCCAACAAGAAAUGCAAAACCGUGAAGGUAGGUUUUGGUAUUCUUACACCUGAUUGGCUUCAUGGUGCAAAUUAUUUGGGACAACGAAGAAUGGAUGGGUUUCUCUGUAAUGUCUGGGAGAAGGUUGAUUUCAUUUGGUAUUAUGAAGAUGUUGUCACUAAGAGACCUGUUCAUUGGGCUUUCUACACUGGAAUGGAAGGUCAUUUGAUGACAUUUGAGGUUGGAGCUGUGCUGGAAGAUGCAAAAUGGCAAGCGCCUGUUUACUGUUUCGAGUCCGGUGAGCAAGCAGAUGAUAGCUCACAACUUAACUCUGUAGUCGAUAAUAGUGGUUCGUCAAUGGAUCUUGUUAAAAGAAAAAUGUUGAUUCAGGAAUUUUGAGAGUUAAUUGAAGCUUCAAACAAGAGGGACUGAACUGAAUGGUUUUCAUGCCAAAAUAUUGUGUAUUUACUUUCUAGCUACUUAUGGUUAAAAUUUCUUCAAAUUUUAACCAUAGUUUGAAGAGAAUUACCUACUUGUGCCAGAAGAUCAAAUUUCUUCUCAAACCCUGCCCGGCUAUGUAUUGUUUUGAAAUGCUUGCAAGAUUAUUAACCAUGUUUGCUCUUUCUGCUACUGCCA